CGAGGACGCUGCCCCAGGAGCAGAGUGGGCUGUUCCGCUCGGGGACACUUGCUGCGCCCCCGCCCCCGGAAGGCCGUGCCAGGCGGCACCAUGCCCCAAAACGUGGUCCUGCCGGGCCCUGCGCCCUGGGGCUUCAGACUCUCGGGGGGCAUAGACUUCAACCAGCCUUUGAUCAUCACCAGGAUUACUCCAGGAAGCAAGGCGGCAGCUGCCAACCUGUGUCCUGGAGAUGUCAUCCUGGCUAUUGAUGGCUUCGGUACUGAGUCCAUGACUCACGCUGAUGCACAGGACAGGAUUAAAGCAGCAGCACACCAGCUGUGUCUCAAAAUUGACAGGGCGGAAACUCGCUUAUGGUCUCCACAGGUAACUGAAGAUGGAAAGGCUCAUCCUUUCAAAAUCAACUUAGAAUCAGAACCACAGGAUGUGUACUACUUUGAACACAAGCACAAUAUUCGGCCCAAACCUUUCAUAAUCCCAGGCCAAAGCAGUGGAUGCAGUACUCCGUCCGGUAUUGACGGUGGCAGUGGACGUAGCACCCCUUCUUCUGUCAGUACUCUUGGUACUAUUUGCCCAGGUGACUUGAAAGUUGCGGCUAAGAUGGCCCCUAACAUUCCUUUGGAAAUGGAACUUCCGGGUGUGAAGAUUAUACAUGCUCAGUUUAAUACACCUAUGCAGUUGUACUCAGAUGACAAUAUUAUGGAAACACUUCAGGGUCAGGUUUCAACAGCUCUAGGGGAAACACCCUCAACGAGUGAACCCACGGCCUCCCCGGUGCCCCCCCAGUCGGAUGUGUACCGGAUGCUCCACGACAAUCGGAGUGAACCUGCGCAGCCUCGCCAGUCAGGCUCCUUCAGGGCGCUCCAGGAACUAGUGAAUGACGAUGACCGUCCUGCUGGAACACGGAGUGUGAGAGCUCCAGUUACGAAAGUCCACGGCGGUGCUGGCAGCACCCAGAAGAUGCCACUCUGUGACAAAUGUGGGAGUGGCAUUGUCGGUGCGGUUGUGAAGGCGAGGGACAAGCAUCGGCAUCCAGAGUGCUUCGUGUGCGCUGACUGUAACCUCAACCUCAAACAAAAGGGCUACUUCUUCGUGGAGGGGGAGCUGUACUGCGAGGCCCACGCGCGCGCCCGCAUGCGGCCCCCAGAGGGCUACGACUCAGUCACUCUUUAUCCCAAAGCUUAAGUCUCCGGCAGACGGCACAUGCACUCACCCUGGCGCACCCUCACGGGCAGACGUUGACGGCUUGGGGCAGAAGUAGAGCAAAGGGCUGACUCCAAAUCUAGAACCAAGCUUUUGACACUUAUCUCAUUGUAUCCUCGGGAGAAGGAAUGGGAGGCAGAUGCCCGCUCUAACAGAAACAUACAUUCAACUGUACUUCUCUUUGGGGCUAGCAA